CGCCCCAUUGUCCAAUGGAUAGGUCGGAAGUAUGAUAUAGGGUGGGCCUGUUGUCAUGGGGGAGGUGGUGGCGCUUGGUGGCUACUGGUGGCCGAGGUAGAGGCAGAGGCGUUGGAGUUGGUUGCGGGCAGCGGCAGGUACCAGGGAUCGAACUCACGACUGCCUGCUUGCAAGGCAAGCGCUUAUGCCGCUGAGCUAAAUCCCCAGCCCCUGCAUCCACAAUUGAAGUUGGAUGGUGAAUGGGUCUGAAACCUUUGAAAAGGUACUGGGGCUGACAUGCUGAAUCUUGGAGGGAAAGAGAAAAGGAUCUUCAGGUAUAAUAAAAAUUUGGGAAUUAAGCAGCUACUUCCAGAGUGUCAGCAGAACUGCUGUUGCAAACCAAGAUCUUGAUUCAUAUCUGUAGACUGGAAAAUUGUUGGGCCAGCAAUCCCCAGACGCUGCACUUAGGAUAGAUGAGGAAACUGAGGCUUGGUGAAGUUACGAAAUUUGUCCAAAGUCCAAAGUGAUACAGCUUCUAACAGGUACAGCCAAGAUUCAGAGUCAGGUUGUAAAAAUUAAAAUGAACAAACUACGUCAGAGUUUUAGGAGAAAGAAAGAUGUUUAUGUUCCAGAGGCCAGUCGUCCACAUCAGUGGCAGACAGAUGAAGAAGGGGUUCGCACUGGAAAAUGUAGCUUCCCAGUUAAGUACCUUGGCCAUGUAGAAGUUGAUGAAUCAAGAGGAAUGCACAUCUGUGAAGAAGCUGUAAAAAGAUUGAAAGCUGAAAGGAAGUUCUUCAAAGGCUUCUUUGGAAAAACUGGAAAGAAAGCAGUGAAGGCAGUUCUGUGGGUAUCAGCAGAUGGACUCCGAGUUGUGGAUGAAAAAACUAAGGACCUCAUAGUUGACCAAACAAUAGAGAAAGUUUCUUUCUGUGCCCCAGAUAGGAACUUUGACAGAGCCUUCUCUUACAUAUGUCGUGAUGGCACCACUCGCCGCUGGAUCUGUCACUGUUUCAUGGCUGUCAAGGACACGGGUGAAAGAUUGAGCCAUGCAGUAGGCUGUGCUUUUGCAGCCUGCCUCGAGCGUAAGCAGAAGCGGGAGAAGGAAUGUGGGGUGACUGCUACUUUUGAUGCCAGUCGAACGACUUUUACAAGAGAAGGAUCAUUUCGUGUCACAACUGCCACAGAACAAGCAGAAAGAGAGGAGAUUAUGAAACAAAUGCAAGAUGCCAAGAAAGCUGAAACAGAUAAGACAGCUUCUGGUGGAUCCGUAGCUUCUGGCAACUCUGCCCCGUCCCCAUCCUCUCCUACUUCUCCCACAUCGGACAGCACUGCCUCGUUAGAGAUGAACAACCCUCAUGCCAUUCCACGCCGCCACGCACCGAUUGAACAGCUUGCUCGCCAGGGCUCUUUCCGAGGAUUUCCUGCUCUUAGCCAGAAGAUGUCACCCUUUAAACGCCAACUAUCCCUACGCAUCAACGAGCUGCCUUCCACUAUGCAGAGGAAGACUGAUUUCCCCAUUAAAAAUGCAGUGCCAGAGGUAGAAGGAGAAGCGGAAAGCAUCAGCUCCCUGUGCUCCCAGAUCACCAAUGCCUUCAGCACCCCCUCUGAGGACCCCUUCUCCUCCGCACCAAUGACCAAACCAGUGACAAUGGUGGCACCACAGUCUCCUACCUUCCAAGCUAAUGGCACUGACUCAGCCUUCCAUGUGCUUGCUGCUAAGCCAGCCCAUACCGCUCUAGCACCCGUAGCAAUGCCUGUGCGUGAAACCAACCCUUGGGCCCAUGCCCCUGCUGCUGCUAACAAGGAAAUUGCAGCCACACAUCCGGGCACUGAGUGGGGCCCAUCCGCUCCAGACCUCCAGACUGGCCAUAGACGCACUCCCUCAGAGGCUGACCGCUGGCUAGAAGAAGUAUCCAAGAGCGUCCGGGCCCAGCAGCCCCAAGCCUCAGCGACUCCUCUGCAGCCAGUCCUGCAGCCACCUCCACCCACUGCCAUCUCCCAGCCAGCACCGCCUUUCCAAGGGAGCGCGUUCCUCCCUGCUCAGCCUGUGCCCGUGGGUGUGGUCCCCCCACUGCAGCCAGCCUUUGUUCCUGCCCAGUCCUAUCCUGUGGCCAAUGGGAUGCCCUACCCAGCCCCUAGUGUGCCUGUGGUAGGCAUCACCCCCUCCCAGAUGGUAGCCAACGUGUUCGGCACUGCAGGCCAUUCUCAGGUCACUCUCCCCCAUCCGUCACCUAGCCUGGUCAAGCAGCAGACAUUCCCUCAGUACGAGACAAGCAGUGCUACUGCCAGUCCCUUCUUUAAGCCUCCUGCUCAGCACCUCAACGGUUCUGCGGCUUUCAAUGGUGUAGACGAUGGCAGGUUGGCCUCGGGAGACAAGCACGCAGAGGCUGCUGGGGGCACUUGCCCAGUGGAUCCUUUCGAAGCCCAGUGGGCUGCAUUAGAGAGUAAGUCCAAGCAGCGCGCUAAUCCCUCCCCUACCAACCCUUUCUCCAGUGACUUACAGAAGACGUUUGAAAUCGAACUUUAAGCAGUCUCUAUAGCUUGUGUAUCUUGUCUGUCCUUAGGCAGAGGCAGGGGGUGGAGGUCAAAGGGGACUUUGUCUUCUCGCUCAGUACACUUUUCACUAAUCCCAAAGGUCCCAAGGAACAAGUCCAGGCACAGUGCAGUGAGGGCCGACUUCUGGAAGUGAGGCAAGCCAUUCCUAGCAAAUACUGUCUUGCAGCUAGGCCAGACAAGUCAGAAAAUAUUGCCCACACUCCCCUUCUCCCCUCACCCUCAUAUAAGUCUCUGGCAACAGCGAGACUGAAGUGCUGCACAGGAAUCUAUUCAAAGCACAUUUACUGGAAUAUAAAACACAACCGAAGCAAAACUAUGCUUGAGGCCGUUCAGCUGGCUCCUUCCAAGACCGGCCUUCACGCUGGAGAGAGUGGCUUGAGCUUGGGCUGGGAAGACAGGCAGUUGGCACCACCGGAAGGUGCAGAAGCAGCUGCCCACCAGGGCUGUUUGGGGGUGUGAAAGGUGAGCUUCCAUUUUGAGUAACAGAAUAAAUAUAUAUAUCAAAAGCCAAAAUCUUUAUUUUUAUGCAUUUAGAAUAUUUUAAAUAGUUCUCAAUAUUAAAAAGUUGUAAGUAAUCUUGCCAAAAAAGGGUUAUUUGUAAGAAAUUGUACAUAAGAUUGAUCAUUGAUGCCUACUGAAGUAAAAAGGGGUGGACAUUGCAGGCAGUCCCUAGCUUGUUUGCUGUCAUUGUAAGUAGCACAUUGCAACAACAAUCAUGCUUAGGACCAACAGGCACUAGGUUGUAGUUUUAAAUUAAAUGAAAGCAGUAUUGUCCUGGUUUUAAACCUUUGAUGAAAUUCUAAUGUCAUUUUAAUUACAUCAACCUGUGCUCUGUAGAGACUAUUUUAUAUAUCAGUGGAAUUUCCUUUUAAUCCUUUAACACUAAGAUGACAGUAACAUCUCCACAGCAGGGAACAGUUUCCUGUGUUGGUAAAUUGGCUCUUGUCCUUUAAGUUUUGUUCCUAUGAUCUGUGGGGAGGAGGACCUGGUUUAUUAGCUUUGUGUGCCCCAACCCACCACCCCCUUGGUGAGACCACCCCAUUGCCAGUUGCAGCCACUUGACCUCGGGUAACAUGAAAUCCCAUCUCAUUUUUACUUUUGAACGUUGGCCUUACAAUCAAAUGUAAGUUAUAUAUAUAUUUGUACUGAUGAGAAUUUAUAAUCUGCUUUAACAAAAAUAAAUGUUCAUGGUAGACA